CAACGCGUAAUCAAACUUUAAUUCUAAAGAAAAGAAAAAUACUUUUACUAGAAACUAAAUCAUCUCCAAACCCCCUUGGCCCCUUUUCGGAGUCUUGCUUUUGGGAAAAAAUAAUUCUCGUAGAAAUUAUAAAAGCUUGCUUUACCAUAUAAUCAAAAUCAUUUUAAAACUAAGCAAGAAUAUCAACUUUUAAAAACAGAGAAUUAUCUUAAGGUGCGCGGCAAUGACGUUUAAAAAUAGUGAAAUUCUUUUGACCCUUUAUUUCUUUGUGCUGUUCUUAGCCACCGCACAGGCGGUGGCGCGGAAAGAGCUCCAAGAAGCUUCUCCUUCGCCAGAGGCAAUUGCAGCUGAAAUGCUCGAUUACCCAGAAGAUCCCCUUGCAGUGAUCAUUAUAGCUUACGCGAGCAGCGUCACCAUCCCCGCAAUCGCCUCCAUCCUCUUCAUCAAGAAAUUCAUCGAUUUCCAGGCCGUCAUACUUGUCUGCGGGAUCUGCCCCUGGGUUUCCAAUGAGGCUGUUCGAUCUCACAGCGCCAUGUUUCUCCUCAUCCAAAUAGCGCUAAAUUUCAUCGGAUUUUGCUGCUGGAUCUUUUUAUGUGUCAGAAACGCGAGGCUGAAAAAUGGGCGGCCGUCGUCGGAGGUGGUGUUUGAAACGGGGGCUUGGUUUUUUGCGCUGGGGUUGAGCGGGAUUGAGAUCGCGCUGAGGCUGAUUCUCCGUGACAGGAAGUUUCAUAAGGUGGCUUCUUGGUACCCGGCUGGGAUGUCUCUGCUUUUGUUCGUGGGGAAUUAUUGGAGCAGAGGUAGGGCAAUGAGAGCAUCUGCUACACACUGAGCUUUUGAGAAAUUUGAGAAAUUAAUAUGGAAGAUAGAAUAGGUGGAGUAGAUUAAUAUGUGUGUCCCUUGUUGGAAAGGGAAUCUUAAAAUCUAUGUAUAUCGAUGUUUGUCAUACAUUGAUAAAUCGGAUAUCUGGCGAUCUGCCAACUGAUAAAAAAAAUUGCAUUUUACUAAGAUGAUACAUUGUUCAAAAUAUUGCUUAAACUAUUUGUCAUAAAAUAUGCAUUUUUACAA